UUAUUCAAAGUGUUGUUUCCAAUUUCAUGUCAGCAAACCAAAAACCUCUGUCUCUCUUAUCAUUUUUAACUUCUUUUUCUUCUUCAAUUCAAUGUCUUCUUCUAUCUCAUUAAAACAACAACAUGAUUACUUAAUAAUAAGUCCCUCCUCUUCACAAAAACAAGAAGCAAAAAUGGGUGAUAAAAUAGAAACUCAUAACAACAACCAAGAUUUGAAAGCCACUGAGUUGACACUUGGUUUACCUGGUUCUAGUUCUAGUUCUAACUCAGCUGAAAGAAACACAACUAUUUUCAAGAAUUUAUUAGUCUCAAAAGGUGCCAAAAGGGGUUUCUUUGAUACCAUUAAUAAUGAUAAUAAUAGUUCAAAAACAUGGGCUUUUUCUCAAGUUGUUUCAUCUUCACCUAAACAUUCAUUACAUGAUAAACUACCUCAAGAUUCUGCUACUGCUUCAAAGGAACAAGUUGUGGGAUGGCCACCAAUUCGAUCUUUUCGAAAGAAUUCCAUGGUGGCAAAACAUCCGAAAAAUGAGGAUGACCCAAAACUGGAAAUCGGGUCACAUUGUGCUUAUGUUAAGGUUAGUAUGGAUGGAGCUCCAUAUCUGAGGAAGGUGGACCUCAAUAUCUACCAAUGUUAUUCGGAUCUUUCUUCGGCUUUAGAAAAGAUGUUUAGUAGCUUCACACUUGGUCAACAUGGUACUAAUGGAGUUCCCCGGAGAGAAGGGUUGGGCGAAAGGCCGUCAAUGGAUCUUUUUACUGGUUCUGAAUAUGUACUAACAUAUGAAGAUAAAGAUGGUGAUUUGAUGCUUGUUGGUGAUGUUCCUUGGGAUAUGUUCACUGGUACUUGUAAGAGGAUGAGGAUCAUGAAGAGUUCCGAUGCAAUCGGAUUAGCCCCUCGAGGCUUGGAGAAGUGCAAAAGGCCAUAACUAGCGUCCGAUUUUGAUUCUUGUGAAGUGAUGACGCUCAUUUUAUUUCAUUUUGUGCAUCCCUUUUUUAGGUUUUUUGGGGGCGUAAACAUAUAAGAUAAAUAUGUAUGGUAGAUGUGUAAUUGUGAGUAUGAAUCCUUUAGCAAAAGCUAGCUAACUGUACCUUGUGCUCGUUUGUGUGUGAACUUGGUUCUUUGUGAUCGCCCCGUCUGAUGCUACAUUUGGUUGUGCUAGAGGCUUUGAUCUUAGUAAUACACUGGUUAUGUACAUAAGAUUUUGCGGUAGUCCCGUUUGAUCAAAAA